UUCAUAAAUAACGCAAGAUCAACUAUAACACGAUGAGAAAAAUGUCGACUUUAUUGUUUGUGUUUUGUGUUGUUUCCAUAUCUCUUGGAUUAGUAUACGGAAGAAAUUGCAUACGUGUUGCAACUUGUUCAUGUUGGAGUGAUACAUAUAUGCACUGCUACAGUUCUACUGCCAAGAAAUUGCCGAAUAUAACAUCCUAUGAGUUGGGAUUUUUAAGAAUGAAUUAUCCGAAAGUGGAGGAGAUUCCUGAUUUUUACUUUCAACGAUUUGGAAAACUUAGAUAUCUAACAUUGUAUUAUGGCAAAUUCACACACCUAUCACAGUAUGCUUUAUCAGGACUUUCAAACCUCACGUACCUAGUUAUUACUUAUUCACAAAUGCGUACAAUACAUCCAAACACAUUUACUCAUUUGAUAAAUUUGAGGAACUUAGUCUUAUAUCGAAACAAUUUGGAAAUCAUCCCGCGCAAAGCAUUUUCAAACCUUCGUUUUCUCCAUACUUUAAAUCUUCAAGGAAAUGUUAUUCAAGAAAUCGAUCUUGUCAUGCAUAAACAUUCUACCUUGUUAAAUCUUUAUUUACACAACAAUGCAAUCAAAAGAAUAUCACAUUCAACAUUUUGGAAUUUAGGAAAUUUAAGAGUGUUACACCUUCAAAACAAUUUGAUACAAUCAAUUAAUCGCGGCGUACUAAAUCCAUUAGGUAAUGUGACAGAUCUACGACUGUCAGGUAAUAACAUUACGCUGUUGGAAAAUGGAGUGUUUAAAGGAUGUAAAUCACUCAGAACAUUAUAUUUGAACUAUAAUAAUAUCAGCAAAAUUGAGGCAAACGCAUUCGCACACCUAGAAUUCCCUAGUGUUAAUUUUCAAAAUUUGUGGUAUAUUGACUUAUCAAAUAAUGACUUAGUUGAAGUUGACUUUGCUGUAUUCAGUAAAAUCUCUCGGCUGAGAAGUCUUAGUAUUAACAGCAAUAACAUCGAAAGGGUGAAAAAUUCUUUGUUUAAAGGACUGCCUUCAUUGCAAAGUUUAUAUCUGAUGAACAACAAAAUAAAACAGUUAGAAAACACUGUUUUUCUUGGAUUUUCAUCCUUAUCAUCGUUAUAUUUGCAUCAAAAUGAAAUAGCCUGGCUACAACCUUAUGUAUUCCGUGAGCUUCGAAGGGCAACUUACAUCGAUUUAAGCAGUAACACAAUACAAGCAUUGUCACAUAAUGCAUUCUAUGGAGUCGUGAAGUUGAGACAGCUUUAUUUGCACAACAACAGAUUAUCUAAAAUACAGAUAUCUGCUUUUCCUGAACUAUCAAGUGUAACACAAAUAAACUUAAAGAAUAACAUGAUAAGGAAUAUAGAAAAUGAAUUUCUGACGAAAUUUAAAAAUUUGGAAGAACUUAACUUGGAGAAUAACAAUGUUGAAAGCCUUCGAUAUGGAAUGUUUGAUGGUUUAACUAAGUUGAAAAGGUUAUAUAUCGGCAAUAAUGGAAUGCAAUAUAUUGACAGCAAGGCGUUUCGUAACUUAAGAUUAUUGAAUACUAUUGACUUAAAAGAAAAUAACAUUUUUAGCUUAUCACCAAAUCAGUUUAUUCAUAACACAGUUUUACACACUAUGAGAUUGGAUGGAAACAACAUCAAACAUAUCUAUGAGGGAACAUUUAGUCAGCUAAAAAAUCUGAAUAAUUUGAAUAUAAGCAAUAAUGGGCUAGAACGCGUUGAAGAAUUGGUAUUUGCAGAUUUGGUAGCGUUGUAUACACUGGACCUUUCUGGUAACCAACUAAAAGUUUUAAGUUCAAGAAUAUUUACAAAUUUGACAAAUAUAAGAAAUUUGUAUUUGAGUAAAAACAUGCUCAAAGAUCUUUCAAAUGGAAUAUUUAAUAACACCAGAUACCUGAGUCGUCUUCGUCUGGACCACAACAAAUUUUCGAAGUUACCGCUUGCUAUCAGAAGUGUAUAUUCAUUGCUCUAUUUCGAUUUGAACCAUAAUUUUUUAUCUGUUUUUACACCCGAUGUAUUAGACAAAGCAACUCGAUUGAGUUACCUUAAUCUACAAAACAACUACAUUGAUGCUCUUAAAGGUGAUGAAUUCCACAAACUUCAAAGUCUUCGAAUUCUUAAUUUGGCAAAUAAUCUUUUGGAAAAUUUACCGGAAGCAUUGUUUAACAAAACCAUUUAUCUGAAUAAUUUAAACAUCAGCGGCAACAAGUUAAGAGUAAUUAAAUACUUUUCAAAACUUUCUGCAUUAUCAAAACUUGACCUAAAGCUUAACCGGAUCUCCGACAUAUAUUCUACUGCAUUUAAAGAAUUGAAGGCACUGAAACACUUAGAUUUGUCGCAAAACCAAUUAACGAAUGUUAGAAAUUUCGUCUGGGAGAAUUAUAACCUGGAGAAGUUAUACUUAAGUGGAAAUAAGUUAGAGAAUUUUGGUUCGUUAAAAUUAAAACGCUUGAAGAAACUACUAGAAAUAUCGUUUAGAGGAAACCGCUUGGGUGAUAUUCCAGUUAAUUUCUUUCCUAAGUCACUACAGAGAGUUGACCUAUCCGGCAAUCGCAUUACAAAUAUCUCUGAAGUUACCUUUUCCAACAUGACUGCACUAAAAGAAGUUCUUUUAGCUAACAAUUCCAUACAAUCAAUGCAUCCUAACCUUACAAGUCAUCUGGAGAGUCUUAAACUAAUUGACAUUAGAUACAAUGACUUAAGUUGUGAUUGCAACCUUGCUAAAUUCGUGAGUUCAUGUCCGAAAGAAAGUGUUGUAUUAAGUAGAUGUGUCAGCUCUAAUUCAACUACUGCGUCAAACAAAUUUAAAUUUGAUGAGGACAAAAUGUGUAGAAACAAUGGCACUUGUGGGUAUCAUGAAGGACAGUACAGAUGUUUGUGUACAUCACGUUACCGUGGUCACUUUUGUGAGUAUAUAAAAAAAGUCGAUGAAAGAAAAACUAAAAAGUGGAUUAUCGUUGGAUUGGUGAUAUCGUUUCUCUGCAUUUUAUUGAUAAUUGUUGGAGGGGUGGUAUUGAAAAGAUAUCGGAUACGUAAAGUUCCCAAGGCGAGAAAUUCAGAGAUUCGCACAAGUAACGAGUUGGGUAGAGUAAAAAAUGUGAAUACGCAAACUACUGAAUACACGGAUAUCAAGAUUGAAGAUGUCCCUCAUACACAGUAUGGACAAUUGACUGGAGAAGGUGAUUUUCAAAUAUACGAGAGUGUGGAUGUUGUAAAGAACCCCUCCGCUGAAGAAAUUAUUUACGAAUAACUAUUGUGCGGAAAACUUAUAUCUUAUUGUGUAUAAAGAUAUGCAAAAGUAAAGCCACUAUUCGCAAGAAAAGUAGGUUAAUAUUACAAUAAGAAGGCCAGCGAAUACAUGCAUUGAUGGUAUCUUUUUAAUUUUAAUGACGGAUUCAUGCUUAACAUUCUCUUAAUAACGUUGGGCAUUACUAAAACUUAAAUGUAUAGCUGUAAUCGCAUUUAAUAAAACGACUGCAACUCUUUUUCAAAUUUUAUAGAGUGCAAAUUAGUUCCUAAUCAUCGAAAAAACAAUUUCUGAAAUUCCACUCCAUAUAGAGCGCUAAAGCAGGAAAAAGGAAGGAAAGAUUGUUUUAUUUGUUAACAUUUCAUUUUUAUGUAGCAACGUUAACGUGUAUAGUUUUAGGAAAAGACAAAUAGAAUUCUUUAUUAUUUAAUAAAAAAUUGUGUCACGUUACUUGAUUUAUUGUUUAGUGGUUCUGCUGCUUGCACAUCGUAACUCCAAUUUUUGUCUUUUUUAAAGACGUGUAUUUUUAAUUACUCUAUAAUCUUGUAAUUGUAAUUACUUAAAGCACCAUUUUUUACUCUUAUUUUAAUAAAUUUUAGUUUAUAUCAGAUUUAUAUAAGUUGUACUUAAUAUUUUCGACUGCUUUUCUUAGCGAAAAGGUAUUCACCCUAUAUCGUAAUCAUUUCGUUAUCACUCUUCCCUAUAAAGUUGUAAAAUGUAAAUAAAAUGGUUGAUCCGUUUGUACUUUUAGCUUUAAAAUCAAAUUUAUAAUCAGUAAUUCUCUCUUUUACAUUUAAACAUUUUUAAUAGUGUAAAUUAUUUGGGACUAUGGAAACUAUUAUACAUAAUGUCUUUUUUGCUAUUACAAAUUAUUAUUGGUCAGUAAAAAUGUCAACUUCUAACUGUUUACAAAAAAUUUGUAACACAUGCCAUUUUGAGCAAAUAAGAUAUUCUAUGUAAAAAUAUGUGUAUUAUUAUUAAUUGUUAGGUAAUAAAUGGAUUUUUUUUUAUGAAUCUUUCAGUUGUUUUGUAUUUUAACAACGUUUGGUGUUCUGAAAGAAAACAAUUAUUUUCUCUUUUUGUUUUUGUUGAUAAUAUUAAUACAAUAUUUGUCACUCAAUUCAAUAUAAAUUUAUCAGGUCCAUUAACAAGAUCAGGUUCAUGGAAGAAUAUAGUAUAUGUUAUAGCCGGCAAGCGAUUGACAUCUUUAAAUCUUU